AUGUUUACUACAGUACGAGAGCUUGAAUGCCUGUUUGAAACAACAAAUAUAAUCAUAAAAAAAGAUUGUUGGGUGACAGAUAAUUAUGAAAUAUCAGACAUUUUACUUGGAAAAGGCAAAUUUGGAGAAGUCAAGCAAUGUUUGGAAUAUUCAACAACCCGGAAAUUUGCUGCCAAAUUUGUCAGUGUUCAUGGGUCUCAGGGCCGGAAGGAUAUCCGGAAUGAGAUUGAAAUCAUGAAAUCCCUUCAGCAUCCUCGACUGCUUCAACUCUAUGAUGCCUAUGAAAGAAGAGAUAAAUUUUGUCUUGUUUUGGAAUUAAUAUCUGGAGGCGAACUGUUCGAACGUGUAAUUAAUGAAGAUUUCGUGCUGACAGAAAGAGCAUGUGUGAUUUUCCUGCGUCAGAUCUGCGAAGGAGUUGAUUUCAUUCACUCCAAAAAUAUCUUACAUCUUGAUAUGAAACCUGAAAAUAUAUUAUGUAUGACCAGAACAGGGAAUCGAAUAAAAAUUAUUGAUUUUGGACUAGCUCGAAAGUAUGAUCCUAAAGCUGAUUUACGGGUUCUCUUUGGCACACCAGAGUUCAUCGCACCAGAAGUAGUCAACUUUGAACCUAUAUCUCCAGCAACAGAUAUGUGGAGUGUCGGAGUCAUUACAUAUGUAUUACUUUCUGGUUUAUCACCGUUCCUUGGUGAAGAUGAUUGUAAUACUCUGGCAAAUGUGACCUGCGCCAACUGGGAUUUUGAUGCCGAGGAAUUUGAAAACAUCUCAGAUGUGGCCAAGGAUUUUAUCUCUAGACUACUGAUAAAGAAACCUGCCAAGCGUAUGACAGCAAUUGAAUGCCUAGAACACAAGUGGUUACGGGUAAGUGUAGUAAUAUACAAUUCUGAUUUACAGUUUCUCUUGCCUUCUCUCUCCCUCUCUCUCUCUCUCAUACAUUGUUUGUACCUAUGCAUUUCUUUCUCUCUGCCUCUUUUUCAUACACACAGUGCUUCUUGUUAUUUAUCUUGA